ACCGAGCAGUUCAUUGGACGACUCGCUUUGCGCUUCCUUUCAGUCGAUGUGUUUUUCAUUUUCAUUAGUUUAGCAGCACAAGAAAUCCAAAAUGGCAGCCAACAGUACCAGACAAAAACUUCUCUGUCUUAUUGAUGACAUAGAAAUUGUCUCUAAGGAAUUGUUUGAAACGAUGAGUACACCAAAGAAUCAAUUACGACCAGAUGGAGCUGAUACUGUCAUGUUAAUGGAACUUCUUGUAGAAAAAGACAAGGAAAUUAAGUCAACUUUAAAGAUAGCUGAAGAGCAAGCAGAGAUACAGACAGUUAUGGACAGUUUAAAAACACAAGUUGAUAAACGAGAUAUAGAAAUUAAGAUAUUACAAAAAAACCUUAAAGAAUCUGAAACAAUUUUAUCAACGGCAGUGUACCAAGCUCAACAGAAGUUGGAGAGUAUAAACCAGGCCAAUACAAAAAAAAUAUCAUCAGAAGAAUUAAUAAAAUUUGCUCACAGAAUCAGCGCUAGUAAUGCAGUUGCAGCUCCUGUAACAUGGGCACCUGGUGACCCAAGGAGACCAUAUCCGACAGAUUUAGACAUGAGGCAAGGUUUUUUAGGUCAAGGUACAUACACAGAUACAUUAGCUGUGUCACGGAGCAAUAGUCAAAUAUCAAAUGUUUCAGAGACGAACAGUACGCCUGUCAGUUCCAACUCGUUGUCGUGGCAACAUCCACCAGAAGUAUCGAUCACAAGUAGUAUAUCCCACCAUGCUAUAUCCGAUUUCAAAGGACAUAAUAAGGAGAAUGAGGAAAUAGAAUUGAUGUCUAGUGACUCUAGUAGUAGCAGUUCAAGUGAUGAAUGAACAAAAAAAACCUCACUUUUUUAUUUGUAUCUAUUCUCCGUCAUUUACAAUAUGAUUGAAGUACAAAUCCUAUUUCAUUUUUUACGCCUUCACAACAGUGGGAUCUGGAAGGAUAUUGUUCAGGACAGAGGUUCUGGCAGUGAAAAGCGUUGAAGUACACGUAAAAAAAAAACCUUUACAGUUAGAAUUCAAGGAAGAGUAGCUCUGUUUGUACAGAAAAGUAGGACAUUUUCUCUUUGAUAUAAGAGGACCAAUGAAAUGGUAUGUUUUGUCCAGCUUUAGGCUAGGUGUGGACUGAAUUAUAGACAUCUUCAGAGCCCUAAAGAACAUAAUUGAAAGCUAUUCUGAUGGAGAGGAGGACAUGGGGAGAAUAGAAACAAGGUCCCCUUAUAUAAAAUAUAAUUGAUGGUCUGCUCUUAGCUUGUAUAUAUUUGUUAUGUAAUGAUUAAUGGAGAAUGUGUAUUAAAGCCUGAUGGAACUGAAAGCGUUAGAUGCAUAA